AAUUAUAAACCACAAAAAUAAAAAUAAGAAAAAAUAAAAUACGAAAACACGUCUUCUUCUCUUCUCCUUCAAGAAUCAACAAGAGAGGGAGGGAGGCAGAGAGAGAUUGACAUCAUCCUUUCUACGAAGAAUCUAGCUACUCGUUUUUCUUUCUAUCAUCUCUGCUGUUCAAUCUCUAGUCACGGUUGAUUCCACCCCAGGUUCUUCGUUAUCCUUUCCUCCCUGUUUAUACGAUCUGUAAUUAGGAUUUUAUAGGUCAAAUCGUUGUGGUAUAUACUUUGUUGAUAUAUCAGGGUUUGGUUGGUUCCCUUUGCUUUUUCUUGAAAGCUGGGGUUUUUGAUUGCUGGGGGGUUAUAUGGGUUAUGCUUAGUUUGGCUUGAAGGGGAUGCUUGUGGUGGUUUUUGGAUGAUAAAAUUGGGGGUUUGUGGUAGCAAGACUGGUUUUGUUCAUCUUUCAUCGGUUCUUGAUUGGAAUUUGAUGUGUAGAUAUUGAGUUUGAUCAUCACGUGUGAUUCGGCUUCUUGAUAUUAAUAUAGGCCGAAUUGGGGUGGUAUUGCGUUCCACUGCUCCAGGAGACCGAGAUAGAGAGAAAUUGAAUUAGUUGUAGGGUUGAAUUUGUAGUUGCUGUUGUCACAUUUUAAUAUGUUGGACUCAAUUUCCAUGACAUCUCUUAUUGGGUAUAGGCCACUUUGUGGUGGGAUUCCUUUUAGAAAUAUGACAUGCAAGAAGAAAUCUUUGGAUAGUUGUCGUUUCCUUUUAACAGAAUUAAUGGGCAGAAAAGUUGUUUCUCCUCUGCAUUCUGUUCUUAGACUGAAAGUCAAGGUAGUGAAUUCUAAAGCUCUUGCCACAGAGCUGACAAAAGAAGCCUAUUCAUCUAGAGAGGAGGAUCAAAUACCCCAAAGUUGGAACUACCAGAUUGACACUGAUACGGGGGUUGAUCGAAAACCAGGGUUGUGGCCACCGGAAAAUAAAGCGGAUGACCCAUCAUUACAUAAUCCGUUGCUUCGACAGGAAAGGAUGGGUUGUGGUUGGUUAGGUGCCAUAUUUGAAUGGGAAGGAGUUAUUGUUGAAGAAAAUCCUGAUCUUGAGAGGCAAGCAUGGCUGGCUCUUUCCCAAGAGGAAGGAAUAUCCCCUCCUCCCACUUUCAUUUUGAAACGAAUAGAGGGCAUGAAGAACGAGCAGGCAAUUUCUGAAGUUCUUUGCUGGUCAAGAGACCCAGUGCAGGUGAGAAAAAUGGCUGCUCGGAAGGAAGAAAUUUAUCAAGCUUUGCAAGGUGGGAUAUACAGACUACGAACUGGGUCUCAGGAGUUUGUGAAUGUUCUGAUGCAUUACAAGAUACCAAUGGCACUAGUUUCUACUCGCCCUCGAAAGACUCUUGAAACUGCAAUUGGGUCGAUUGGAAUUGAAGAGUAUUUCAGUGCGAUUGUUGCAGCGGAGGAUGUUCAUAGGGGAAAGCCUGAUCCAGAGAUGUUUAGUUAUGCAGCUCAGCUUCUAAAAUUUAUACCUGAACGCUGUAUUGUGUUUGGGAACUCUAAUCAAACAGUGGAGGCUGCCCAUGAUGCGCAGAUGAAAUGCGUAGCUGUUGCUAGCAAGCAUCCUGUGUAUGAGCUUGGGGCUGCAGACCUGGUGGUCAGGCGCUUAGAUGAGCUUUCUGUGGUUGAUCUGAAGAACCUUGCUGACGUCGAAACAACUGAAUUUGGGCCUGGUGAGCCAGAGUUGGAGCUAGAGGAGGAGGAAGAUAACCCAUCAACCGCUCUGGGAGUUGAUGACAGUUUCUGAUGACGAUCAUAAUUUGUACAGUUUUAUCGCGCUUCAUUCAAUUCUUCAUGAUAAUCGUCUGUAUUGGCUUUAGUAUUAUUGCAAGCCAUUUGAUCCCUGCUUUGUACAACAUUAAAAAAAGAAAGAAGGGUGGGGUAGAUUUUAUAGAGAAGGAAAGAAGCCAUUCCACAUUGGACUGUGAUGGUGUUGUCAUGUAUGUAAAUGUGUAAAAUACAGAUAAAUGAAAAUUCAGAUACCCACUUGAUGUUUUUCUUGGAUAAA